AUGAGUGCUGGGGUGCAGGCUCCCACGCCUGUUAAACGCUACUCGUCUCUCUUCCCGACUGGCCAGCACAACAUUAGCGAUGGCGAUGGCGUUGGGCCUGCGUCUGGAUCAUUCUUGGAGAUUUUCCGCUAUGUUCACAAGAAGAGGCCUUCAAUGGCAGUUCUGUCCUGCUCGCUGAACACCAUUCCUCGGUCAGAGGGUAUACUGCGUAAGCUCGGGGUUCCGAUAGCUCUGAGCGUGUCUCCUCUCGCUCCGCUAGACAAUCUGCGUGUUGUGGGUCUCCAGUCAAGCAGUAUACCCCUAAUAACGGCCCCGCCCAUUCGUUGCCAGCGGUGUCGGGGAUACAUGAAUCCAUACAACAUAUUGCUUAACGAAAGCUGGACGUGCGUCCUCUGCUCCCGCGUGAACCCAUAUCCCCCUAACCGUGUUCCAGCCCUAGUCUUUAGCGCACAAGCCAACGCCUUUGUUCCCUCUAUUCCACCCGAGUGUAGUCCAGGUAACACAUGCUCCUUCCCCUACGCGGAGUUCCUCUGUGCUACGGUGGAGUAUGACGUAUCGGCUAACCUGGCGUUUCUACCCGCUACCACCGAUGCAGCUGCUGCACGGUUUAGCGAGCUGAAUCCUGGAGAGGUGUCCCAUGUGCAAGCAUCGGUCCUGUCUGCAGAUGCCAUUAUGGAGGCCAAUGCCAUUACCGUAGCAGCAGAACAGCCUUUUUCAAGUCUAGAAUUAGCACAGAAUCGCUUUGAAGGGAACAACAUCUCAAUACCAAGUACUGAGUGCCUAUAUGCAAGGAAGCUCCCCGUGCUAAAUGCAGAUGAGCUUAUUGCGAACGCCGUACCUGUAUCGGAGAAAGACUCUGUACAUCUUCUGCACAAGGCACAGCCCGUUUGUCUUCCAUUUAGUAUAAUAGUUCUUAUUCCAAUUACUGUUAAUAGCAUUAAUUCAGGGGUUCUCGCCAGCUCAUGCACAUCCAUUUUGUCCUCGCUGCAGCUAAUGAACCAGCACAUAUCCUUUGUACCACUGUUCUAUAAUCAAAAGAUCAUCUGUUACAGACGGAUCAACCACGAUCCAGAGCGCAUAGAAGAGAUAGAAAUAACUCCAGAUCCUCUAGUGUCGGAGCCAGUUAUCCCAUAUCCGCUUGAAGAAUUGGCCAUAACCAGAGACUUCGCAAAGGAACAAUCCUUCUUUCAAAAGCUGCUUUCCCGGUUCUACAAUCAGGCUGCCGCCUCUGUGGCCGCGGGUGCAGAGCAUUACACCGUGUCCUCAAUGAUCUCUGCCAUUUCUGGGUGCAUCUCCACACUACAGAGGAUGAGCGGUAAGAUAGUAGUUGUUCAAACAGAUCCUUGCACGCGCGGCAUUGGGUGCAAUCCCCUUUCCACUAUCAACCCAGUUGAGUAUUCGAAUCCUAGCGUUGAGAAGCUUUACUUAUCGAGAAGCAUGUUGAUAAAUAGACUUGCCUAUGCUGCAGCUAGUCAUAAUAUUGGUAUUGACAUUAUAGCUCUGCCCAUGGACAAAAACGUGAAUUUGGGCCUCGUGCCCCUAUCCUCUCUUUGCGUCAUGACAGGUGGCGCGCUUCUCUACAACGAGGCGUCCGCCUAUGCCGAAAAGCAUUCUGCUAGCGCUAUGGGUCUCGGAAAUGCCGAUUUUGCCACCAAUGCACUAUUACGGCUCUUGACUGCAACACAGGGCGUCUCAGCAACUUUGUCAAUCCGGACGAGCGAGGGCCUAACAGUUAGCAUGCAAGAAGUCACUGGGAAGCCUGCAUCGUCCUCUCUCAGCUCGGCUUUCACUGCUACAGGGGCAUCCGCCCUCUGGGCUAAUACACGAGACUUCAUUGCGACUACCAUGAGUAGACGCUCCGGGGAUGGGUCUGGUAAUGAGGAUUCCGCCCUCAAUAAGGGCAUGCUUUCCGCCAGUGGCCAGGCAUCUGAAGUCUCAAAGGGGCGGCCAUCCAUUGAGAAUAUUGCACAGCUAAUUCAAACAGAAAACAAACCACGCUACAAGGUGUCUUCUGCGGAUAACUUCUUUGCAAAUUACCUUAAGGUCUCCGAUGUGGAGUACAGUUUUGCCAGCAUCUCCGAGUACACUUCCUACGUUAUGGAGUUGAAGUAUAACGCAAAAUUGCCCGCUGAGUGUAGCAACAGUUAUGUCCAGACAGCGCUUCUUUACACAAGUACAGACGGUUCUCGAAGACUCCGCGUGUCGACACUGCAACUAGCGGUGAGUGACAACCUCACGGAUAUAUACUCAAAUAUAGACCAGAGCAUCUAUAUGAGCUGGUUGGCAAAGAAGCUAGCGUUUCUCACUUUGAAUAGCGCCGCACUCGUGAUGGGUGACAUCGGCGCGCUUGGAGGACGCAUCUUGCUGGAAAAGCCUAUCUCAGAUAGUGGUGUGGAUGUUGAAAUCGAGGCUGGUCUUGUGAAGUAUGGCAGUAUUGUCAUAGGGUCGGCUGUGCCUGCAAGCGGUGAUUAUUUAUCCAUGCCGCUUCAUGGGGGAGGCAUGGCUGAUAACAAUCUACUCAACGCAUCCCAAGCCAGUCAGAAUAUACAGACGUCUGUAGUACAGUCCAUUUCCAAUUCCCUUGGCCUGCAAGGAAAACGCAAGACCAUAGACGAGGGUGUCCGCACAGGGCAUAUGUCAGCCAAUGGAGCAGCCUACUUGCUUUCUAAAUACGGUGGACUACUAACAACGAAACAGCUGCCACUCAACAUCGCAUCGUCCUCUCUACUCUUCGAUGGAGAAUAUUCCUAUGGGGCCGUUCUUAGAGGGAGAAAAACAUUAGAGCAAAUGGUGUAUCCUCUUAUCAGGCAAUUUAGAGACCUCUCAACAAGCAUUGCAAACGACAGACUUACAGUUCCAACUAAUAUGGACCUAGUUCCGUUCUACCUUAUGGGGCUGACACGAACUGCACUCUGUCAUGCUCACCGCUCUGAAAGCGAGGGUGGUCCCUUUACCGCGGACAUGCGAUGUAGCACUGCAUUCCUAGUUGUCUCUGCGUCGGUCAGCUCCAUCGCAUCGAUGCUUUAUCCGGUGAUAUACAACAUCACUACUUACUUGACAUCCUUUGUCCCAGAAAUUGGGACCUACAAGACUGCGCACCCAGAGGCGGUGCUCACCAUGCCCGUCUCCAUUCCUACACCAAUACGUGCAUGCAGCAGAUAUAUAGAAAAUCUGACCGGAAGCAUCUUAUAUAUCGUAUCUGGGAAUCUGUCAUUCUUUUGGGUAGGAUCUCUGGUACCUGAAGAACUCAGAAGGGGGCUCUUCGGUGCACAGUCGCAUGGCGAGUUAAGGGUUGCCCCGUUUAGUCUUUAUGCUUCUGCUUCUCAGGACAAAGGCAUUUGCUCCACGCUGCUAAACUUUAUUACAAUCGUUAAGAGGCUUACGGACUGUUGCGGAGGUGACAUUGUAGUUCCCGAGGGAGUUGGUGGCGUGGAGGGCCUUGUACGCUGGAUGCUCGUUGAAGACUCGACCAGUCAAGACAAGAGCUAUGCAGACUUUCUAAAUGGGUUUGCAACGGCAAUUGGUGCUGCGUGA